AUGGCUGGGCUCCCAAACGCAGUGGUCACACUGUUAACCGCUCCGUCGUACCUCCCAGGCGCCCUCGUGCUACUCCAUUCACUCCAGGAGCUGCAUCCUGCGCCCAGAGACUUCAAGCUUGUCUGUCUUGUUACCCCAGAAACAGUGGACGCACACGCUAUCGGUGCUCUUCGCAAUGCUGGCUACGACCUCGUUAUUGGGGUCGAACCCAUCGCUUCGGGAGACAGCGGGCAGGACGGUUUGGACCUCAUGGGACGACCAGACUUGACCUUGGCCUUGACCAAGCUUCACAUUUUUCGUCUUGGAUCGCUGUUCUCGACUAUUCUCUACCUUGAUGCUGAUACUCUUCCGUUACGUCCUCUCGACCACCUGUUCGAUGCGACGGCGCCUCAUCACUUCUCUGCAUGUCCUGAUGUCGGAUGGCCAGAUUGCUUCAAUUCGGGCGUGAUGGUUAUUCGGCCAGGACCGACUGAUUUCGAUGACAUCCGUGAAACUCUACGCAACAAUUCUACCGACGGCAGCGGCAACGGCAGCUUUGAUGGUGCCGACCAAGGUCUGCUCAACCAGUACUUUUCAGACGAGGGCCGCGGUGGAGCGUGGCAUCGCCUGCCAUUCACGUAUAACGUCACCCCCAGCGCUGCAUACCAGUAUGCACCUGCGUAUAAGCAUUACGCCAACAAGAUCAAUCUCGUUCACUUCAUCGGUGCUACAAAACCCUGGAGUACGCUCGCGCACCGUCCCGCUGGAUCCUCGGCGUCAUCCAACGGCUCGUCAUUUGACUAUGGUGCCCUUGUUGAUCGCUGGUACGCAAUCUAUGAUCGACACGUUCGCCCAACGGCCGUUCACGCGCCAAACCUUGCCAAGCGAUUCUCUGUGCCCGAGCAUCAGGCUGUUUGGAACCAGUCAACCGUCGAUCAGCCCAACGACCGCCUUGACCUUGGGGUACUCAAGUCCGCCGUUGAGCAGGGCAUGGCGACCCUCCGGCCAGGCCAGUAUACCUCCCUUCCCCUCGACGGCCGUGUCGAUCUAAUCCGUCCUAAGCCUGUACCCAAAGAGACACCCAAGCCGUUCCAUCCGUGGUUCAAUUCUGUUCCUGCAACCACCGGGCCGAACGAGCAUGAGGGGUCGCAUCCCACCCACUUGUCCGAUGUCCACCAUCAACCCGUCUCGCACGGUGACAAUCAGGAAUACCCUCCAUACCUCCAACCGGUGUUUGCCCAACCAGCUCAACGGCAGCCUGAGCAUCACCACCAGCCUCACGAGCAUCACUACCAGUCUCACGAGCAUCACCACCAGCCUCAUGAGCAUCACCACCAGCCUCACGAGCAUCACCACCAGACUCACGAGCAUCACGAGGAGCCUCCCAAGGAGAUUGCUCAACACGAUGCGUGGGAUGCGUCACACCAGGCUCCUCCAAAGUACAGCCGCCCCGAGAUGGCCGUGGCUAUAGACACCCACUACUCCCCGGCUUGGGAUCAACCGGUCAGCGCACAUGCCACAUACUUUCAAACGCAUCCCGAACCGUCCACCCCAGCGUACCCUUCCAUUCCUCGAAACGUCCUUUCGAAUGACUGGUACAAGGAGUUCACUGGUACCACUCCAAAGCAAGACAACGUCAAGCCCGUUUUCCCAUGGGAGGCCUCCACUCGUCGCCCGCCUCCUGGACGUAUAUUCCCCAAGCCCAAGGAACCUGUCCUUGCCGCCCGAGCCCCCAGGCAGACGUCGCUGCAGAUCAACACGUCAACAAACCAGCCACCUCCCGCCGCGAAGCCAGCCCCGCGUGCAGAACCUGCUAACUUUGUGGAGGCGAUGGCGUCGUACACCAACGCGUGGGAUAAUGUCGCUUCCAUUGACCGCUACGCCAAGCGUCUAACUGUCCUUGGAAUCGGUAUUGAACGCCGUUCGAAUUCGGGGCUGCAGACAGUCCCACCGAGCCCGCACCGGUCGUCCGUCAACCUUGCCGCACACCAUACCGCGCGGGGCGACUCGAGCUCGGACGGAAGUGAUGGCGACGACGAAGGUGAAGAGCCGCAAUACAGGUACCCGUCCAACAUCCUCUAUCGAGACAAACAAGCCCAGACAGAGCGGCCGUCCAUGGCGGACGCCAAGGUGCAAGCGUCACCAGAGUCGUCACCUGGGACAAGCCCCACUCUCGAUGCAAAGGCGCUUCCACCUGUCAAGAGGCAGUUGCCGAUAUCGCAGUUUACGCCUGCAAGCCGCCACUCUGACGGUUCGGGCCGGAAACCCAAAGCGACUCCUGCCCCGACGAACUACCAGUGGCCCACCACGUCCACAGCGCCACGCCCAACGCCUUCUGGGGGGCGCACGUGGGAUCCCAGAACCGAUCUGAACGCGGUAAAGAAGAACUCGCAGUUGAUGCUGAAUCGGUUUGUCAAAACGGCGGAUACGGAGCCUGCUGCGUAG